AUGGCUGGUGCAGGCAUCGCUGCAGCUUCUGGUCCCUCUGCUCCGUCAAUGGCAGUUUCCGGUGCUGCUGCUGGUCCCUCUACGCAUCCAAUUCCAACUCAGUCGAUGCGUUAUCAGGUUUUCCUGAGUUUUAGAGGCCCAGAUAGUCGCAAAACUUUCACUGAUCAUUUAUAUGCUGCGUUAGACAGGAAAGGGCUUGUAACUUUUAGAGAUGACAGAGAAAUUGAGAAAGGAGAAUUUGUUCCGAAGAAACUCCGUAAAGCUAUUCGGCAGUCUUGGUAUUUCGUUAUUGUCCUCUCUAAAAAUUUUGCUUCUUCCCGGUGGUGUUUGGAUGAACUGCAGCAGAUCGUGGAAACCAAACCAGAGCAAACAGUCUUCCCGGUUUUUUAUGAUGUAGAACCGGGUGACAUUGGACAAGCUUUAGCUGUACUUGAAAACACAGCUUCAGGGGAGAUAACAGGACGAUGGAAAGAAGCUUUGUCUAGGGUUUCCAAAUUCGGUGGUUGGCCCACUAAAGAUAAGUAA